UCUAAUUUAUGUUAUCCACAGCUGCAGGUUUCCAAUCGAUGCUUAAAGAAGUAUGAUACAUAGUAUUAAAAAUGUCAGGGGGCUCGUCAUUAUCAAGGAUUAGAAGAAGCCAUUCUUAAGAAUAUUUAAGCAUGCAAAGAGAUCUCUAACAUGACUAAGACAUCAUUAGGUCCAAAUGGAAUGAAAAAAAUGGUUGUUAAUCAUAUUGAUAAAAUAUUUGUAACAAGUGAUGCAGCAACAAUUCUUAAAGAAAUGGAAAUCUAACAUCCUGCCGCCAAGAUGAUUCUUAUGGCUGCAAAAAUGUAAGAAACUGAAUAAGGAGAUGCUACAAAUUUUGUAAUUACUUUAGCUGGAGAACUAUUGUAAUAGGCUGAAAGCUUAAUUAAACUAGGAUUACAUCCAAGGUAUUUAUUCAUAAUCAUUCAUAUAGCUAAAUUGUAGUUGGUUAUGAAACAGCAUUAAAAAAAGCAUUAGAUUUAUUAGAUGAAUAAAAAGUAUGGGAAAUUAAUGAUGUUGCUGAUGAAUAAUAAGUCUUUUAAGCUAUAAGAACUUCUUUAAGUAGUAAAUUAUCAGAGUAAAUAAUUAUAUAUAGAUUAUUUAGUUAUUCCAAUCUAAUUGCUGGACUUGUAGCUAAAGCAUGUAUAAGAUGUUUACCUAGAGAAAAAUCAAACUUUGAUUCUGAAUAUGUAAGAGUUACAAAAAUUUUGGGUGGAUCUGUUUUAGAUAGUCAUGUUUUAUCUGGAUUAAUUGUGACUAGAAAUGUGGAAGGAUAAAUUAAUAGAUUGGAGAAUCCUAAGAUAUGUGUAUUUAAUGCACCAUUAGAUCCAUAAUCAUAAGAAACGAAAGGAACUGUUUUAAUUAAAAAUGCUUCAGAGUUAAUGAAUUAUACCAAAAGUGAAGAAGAAUUAGCUGAAAAGAUAGUAAAAAGUAUUGCAGAUGCAGGUGUUAAUCUUAUAGUUGCUGGAGGAAGCAUUUCAGAAUUAGUAUUACAUUUUGUAGAAAAAUAUAAAAUGAUGAUUGUUAAAGUUUAAUCAAAAUUUGAAUUAAAAAGAAUAUGUAAAGCAAUUGGAGCUAGUGCUUUAUCAAGAUUAUCUGCUCCUAUGCCAGAUGAAUUAGGAACAUGUGAUCGAGUUCAUGUAUAAGAAAUUGGUAGUCAAAAAGUUACUAUUUUUGAAAAGUAAAGUGAUACUUGUAAAUUGGCUACUAUUGUUUUAAGAGGAGCUACUUAAAAUUUAUUAGAUGAUAUUGAAAGAGCUAUUGAUGAUGGGGUUAGUUGUUAUAGAUCAUUACUUAAAGAUUCUAGAUUUGUAUAUGGUGGUGGAGCUACAGAAAUUGUAAAAUUCUUCUCUCUAUCUUUUUUAUUAGAAAUUAGCUUAAUAAUUAGAAUAAGAAGCAAAUAAAAUUAAAUCUAUUGAUUAAUAUGCUUACCGACAAUAUGCCUAGGCUUUUGAAAUCAUUCCAAGAAUUUUAAUUGAUAAUGCUGGUCUUGCAUAAAAUGAAAUGAUGGCUCAAUUACAUAAAUUAAAUUCUGAAAAACCACAUUCUUUAAAUAUUUCUGUAUUUAUUUUAAAUUAUUUAGAAUGGAACAUUAACUCCAUCAAAUGAAAUGAAAGUUUUCGAUCAUCUUAAAACUAAAUGGUGGGCUGUUAAAUUAGCUACAGAUGCUGCAGUCACAAUCUUAAGAGUUGAUUAAGUAAUAUUCUUAUUUAUACUUUAGAUUAUUAUUGCUAAACCAGCUGGAGGACCUAAAAUGCCAGAUAGAGGUCAUUGGGAUGAUUAAGAUUGAGUGUGAAAAAAUUAUAAAUCAUAACAUAUAUAUUAUUAUCA